GUACCCAUGCUGAGCUUUAUACGCGACGUCAGUUUCGCCGAAAUCGACAUUGGAAUUUGACAACUCGAAUAUGACAGAUUUAGACAACAAGUCAAGCGGUAGACUUGGAGUAGUCCAAACUGCUCAGACUACUGAUAACUGGGACAAGAGCGAUUGCGUAACAUUUGUUAUGCACAAAGAAGACCAUACUCUUGGCAAUGCUCUCAGAUAUAUGAUUAUGAAAGACCCUGAUGUAGAGUUCUGUGGUUACAGUGUACCCCAUCCUACAGAGAAUAGGAUCAACUUCAGGAUACAAACAAAAGGACCACCAGCUGGUGAUGUCUUUGGAAAGGGAUUAGCCAAUCUCUCAGAAGUAUGUGAUCACAUUCAACAAACAUUCGAAGACAGCAUAAAACAGUUCAAAGAUGAAGGAAUGGAGAGUCAAUGACCCAGGACCAAAAUGUAGCAUGAUAUAUGGAGAGAAGUGGACUUGUACAUGGAACACCUUUUAUUCAUUCCUGGGGGUGUUUCAUGAAAGUUGUUAGCGCUGACUUAAUUGUCAGUGCUAUUUUAGUGAAACCCUUGCUUUUGAUUGGCUGAGAGGCUCUGGCCUCUGACUAUUACUAUGGAAACUGUCAAAGAAAGACAUCUUGUCAGUGCUAACAACUUUCAUGAAACGGUCCCAUGGUUCCAGAAGGCUGUGCAUGGAGGUAGUGAUGAUACUGACUUUUUGCUUUUGUUAGCCGGUUGCUAAGAAAGCAUGAAUGCUUGUAAGCAAGCAACCAGAAGACUGAAGGCUUGAGGUCCUCUCCGAAGGACCUGGCAAUGAGGAAAUGCCUUGCCGAAGGGCACUAGCGCACCAAUUGGGAAUCAACAUUGGGU